GCAGCUCCGCGCUCGGCCGGCUCCCCGUGCACGAGCAGGGCGGGAGCGCGCCGCGUGCCCGCGCGCUCGCUCGCCCGCGCUGCGGCUUCCAUUUUGUUGGAUGCCUGUGUGUGUGUGUGUGUUUGGAGGAGGGAGGGAGAAAAUUUCCGGGUUGUUGAUGAGGGAAAAGUUGGAAGCGGCCCCGGCGGAAGAGAGGCGGCCGCUGGGAUCGAGGCGUUAGGGAGGGAGAGGUUGGUGAGCGCCGACCUGCAGCCUUCGCCGUCCGGCCCGCGAUAUUAACCGUGACCUCCCCCCCCGAGCUGGAGUAUGUGACCGGGGGAGCAAGGUUUAUGAAUGACCAAGUACACUGUGUGAAAUACAGCAGAGACUGAACCAGCAGGUAGUGGGAAAAUAUGCCAAUACCUCCGCCACCCCCACCCCCACCUGCUGCACCCCCUCCACCCCCAACAUUUAAUCAGGCAAAUACAGUUACACCAAAAUUGAGCAGAGAGGAACACCGUAAUCGAGGGGCACUCUUAUCUGAUAUUACAAAGGGAGCCAAACUUCGAAAAGUGACCAAUGCUAAUGACAGAAGUGCCCCAAAUCUUGAAAAUCUUAAAGGAGGAGGUGGUGGUGGUGGUGGACUCGGUUCAGGAUCUGCAUCUGGUGGACCAAGUCCAAUGGGUGGUUUGUUUCAGGGUGGAGUCCCUAAGCUUCGCCCAGUAGGGCACAGAGACAAUUCAGAUUCUUCAUCUAGUAAAUCAGCACUAAAUCCACCUGGCUCAAGAUCAGCUGCUCCUCGACCACCUCCUAGCAGCAACCGCUACAGUGAUGAUUCUGAUUCACAAAGCAAAACCUCUCCACCAGAGCUGCCAAGAGUUCACCGACCUUCAUUACCAGAUCUUUCCAGCUCAUCCCGCCCCAGUAGUGCUGGAGGUGUGAGGCACAGUGCAUCAGCACCCCCACCACCUCCUCCGAUUGGAAGACGUACAAAUCCACCUCCGCCACCUAUGCAUAGCAGCCGAACUCAUUCCAGUGGACCGUACAACAGAGAAAAGCCUUUGCCUCCUACACCAGGACAAAAGACACCAGGCAAUAGAGACGGACCUCCUGCCCCUCCUUCUGUCAAGCCUCCGCCAUCACCAAUUAAUCCAAGGCUCAGUAGCAUUCAGAGCCAACCUUUGCCACCCCCUCCUCCACCUUACAGGCAACCUCCCUAUGUGCAUAAUGGCCCUUCUAGUCCUGGGAGCGAGGCUGCCCCGGAAUUGCCGCAGAGACACAAUUCAUUAUCGCGGAAGUCAGCCGGACCGAUGAGGGGAGCUGCUCCUCCUCCUCCAUCUCCUUCACCUUCGCAGAACCGACCACCACCACCUGCGAGGGAUCCGCCAAAUCGAGGAGCAGCUCCCCCACCACCACCCCCUGCAAUGCGGAAUGGAGCCCGAGAUGCCCCUCCCCCGCUGCCACCUUACAGGACACCCUCUUCAGAUCCUUCGCAUCGAGGUAAACCACCACCGCCUCCGAUGAGGACUCCUGCACCCCCUCCUCCACCGCCACCUUUACGAAAUGGACACAGGGACCCUGUUGGAUCAUCAUCCAAAUCAAUCCUAGAUGACUUUGAAUCAAAAUACUGCUUUCAUCCGAUUGAAGACUUCCCUGCUCCAGAGGAGUAUCGGCAGUUCCAAAAAACAUACCCAAGUAAGAUGAACAGAGUUGUUCGAGGGGCACCACCUCUGCCACCUGUUGCAAGGUGAUCUGUCACUGUAUGGGUUUGGUUAUUUCCUGCAUUCCCUGUUGGAAGACUGAUGCUUUAGCUUCCUUUCUUUUCCUGGUGUACAGCUCAAGAUCCUUAUCUACUUCACUACAUUGAGGCAAAACCUCCAGAUCUGCUUAGAGCAUGCAUUCUAAUCUGAGAUUUCCGAGGUUCAUCUUUGACCUUCACAUCUUUCAGCUCCAGCAGUUCUCAUUGCAAUUGGGCUGAGCUAAUGGAAAGUUGACUGGAACGAGAUGAUUAUUUUUUAUGUUGAUGGGUUAUUAGAUGUUUACAACUACCAGCGAUCCAAGAAUGACAUGUCUGAGUUACACUACAAAUCAAAUUGAUACACUUGGAAUAAUUUGUUUUGGUCUUUGUUAAGAGGGAAAACUGAAUCUUUAACAUUCAUGUAAUUAUAUCCUUGGACUUCUGGUAGGGUGGUAGAAUCAUGGAACACUAUUGGGUAAAUAUAGACCAGUUGGUUGAGACUAAAAUUCCCGCACGUUUUUUUUUGAAUUUUUACUUUGAUAUCUAGCUGGUCCUUGCCUUAUACACUAUGUCAUGCCGUCAGUACCAGAUUUAUUAUCAUGUAUUUACGCUUCGCAUACAGGAGCUAUAGUAAUCAUUGUUAUAAUUCUUUCCUUGUAAGUUGUACAGAACUUGUGAAUUAGAUAUGGUGGGGUUAAUGGAAGACACUACUUCCUGGAUGACUGACUGGCUUGUUUUGAUUGCAUAAUCUAUUCACAGCAAAUGUUUCGCCUUUAAAGCGAAGCAGCAGAGCUCACCUUGUAGUACGUUGUCUGAGUGAGGCAUGUACUGGGUAAGGAAGGUGCCCAUCUGGGCCUGGGUGAUGUUUCUGAUGUGUGCUAGGUACGAGCACUGUGAAAUGCACUGUGCAUUUUUUUUUUAAAGUUGUAACUUCUGGCCAAAGCACUUUGAAUUUGGUGUCUUUUGUGUAUUUGUAAUGUGGCUCUUUCAAGCUGUUCCUGGGAACUUUGUACACUGUUCUCUUAUAGCCUUCAUGCAUAGUGCUACAGUACCAGCGAGUCUCAAUCUCUAAUGAUAGGAAAAAUUAUCUUUUCCAUAAACCUUCUCUCUUCCAGCCCUGCCGCCGCCGCCACCACCACCACCACCCACCUCUCUCUGCAUUACAUGGAAGUGGUGUUGAAGUUUGAAAUUGUCAGAGGUACAGCACAAUCUGCAGGACAGCUUGCAUUUUUCUCUUCAAUUUUUAUUCAAGAUUAUAGCAUAUAUAAAGGAGGGAUAGGAUAUAUAGAGCUCUACCAAUUAAUGGAUCCAUAUGUUGAUUUAUUUUGUUGAUUUUAAAUAUUUUAAUCUGCUUUUUUUUUGAGCCAGUCAAUGUUGAUAUGGCAUUGUAUUCCCACUUGACUGAGUCAUUCAGUUCCCGUUUUACAGAACACUGACGUUGCUGUAAUAACACAAUGCUGAAAUGUGCAUUGUUUAGCUGUAUGCCUCAUCUGCAAGUGGCUACUGGCUUAUUGUUUCCAUAAACUGUGAUCCCCAAAACACUGCUAAAAAUCCUGGAAAUUCUAAAGUGUUAUAUACAAUGAACAAUAUGUUUAACUUUUCUGUAUGACUUGUAGGUUAAACAGUAGAAUGUGAAGUUAAACCCAUUGCCCAAUGUAUGCAACAACAAAAUAACUUGUCUUUUGACGUUGGUGUAGCACGAGCCAUACUUUACAUAAAUUCACAUUAACUGUUUGAAUGCACCUGUCCUAAAAAGGAAGAAGAGUCUGCACUGGUGCAAUGCUGUGUUCAUUUGAUGAGUGUGGAAAUACCCAGUUUCACAAGGGCUGCUGCACGUGGCAGUGCUUCCUGGUCCUUCUCAUGAAUAAAACACACCCAACAAUGUAUUACUCAGCAUUAUUCUGGUGAGUGUGGAGAAAUACUGAAUGGACGUGCAAUUAAACAAUAAUUUGGGUGUCAUUUAAACAAAGACUUGUUGUGCACAUGGAACGAGUGGAGAAUCCCUCUGUUUUGCAGUUUUAGUGACAUCAGUUAUUUGGACUGUGCAUGGAUCUGAAGCAUCUGUUUAGAUGAACAAGGUAUUUUCAUUUUUACAUGUAAUACUUUUUCAACUUCACAAUUGUGAGAUAUCGGCAGGUAAUGUGAAAAUAAAGUGUAUAUAUAAUGCACUAAAUAUUGUUUCAUUGUGCAUGGGAUGGUUUGUAAGAUUUUGACUCGCUGGUUUGUACAGUUGAUGUACUCUCAAAUAUACUCAUGCUUUUCCUACAGCUUAAACAUUAUGGCAGGAUGGUUUUCUGUACUGUACAAAUGCAUGCAAUUUAAACUGACCCUCCAUGCCAUUUCUGUCUUGGUAUCAAUGAACACAAUGUGUUAGCAUUUGCUCUGGCUGCAGUUUCAAUAGUGUAGUUAAAGUGAAAAUGACCAGUUUAUGUAUAAUAAUCAUAUGAAACAUUAACUCUAGUGACCAUUCCACAGAACAGUCUGGCCCCACACUGGUAAUGUCUUUGUUUCUGGUAUCCAUUUUAAUCACCUAGCACACAACAGUAAAGGGAAAAGAUAAGUGGAUGCAUUGUGCAGGAAGCUGAUUGACAAACAAACAAUGAGCAGGUUUUUGUGGGUUUUAAAAAAAAUAAUUUAGUUUUGCGGCAAGUAUCAUGGGUUUUGUCAGUGGUUCCCCAGUACAAAUCUACCAGACUGGGACCUGGGAUUUGUAAGACAGUUUUGAAACGUGCAAUAUUGGCACUGGCACUGGUGCUGAUGCAUGUACACUGAUGACAGUGCCGGUACAUGUAAAACCAUGCCAGUACCCUGUACAUAAUUUGCCAGCUUCAUUAUUGGUGCACACAGCAUCAGUUUCAUUAGUGUAUGGUGUAUGUAAUAUGCCAGUCCAGUACAGGUCCAGUAUUUGUAUGAUUUUGUUUUUGUUCUUUUACUCUGCAGUUGCCACGAACGUUGUGCCUUACAGAAUGCACUGGCAUUUCUGUGUUGCUUAGUUUUGCUCUUUUACAUGCGCGCAUGCGCGCACAAAAUAAAAGGACAGGAGGACUUUCCCUUUCAUGAAUGUUGCCUGUUUUGAGUCCUGUGAAUAUUACCAUGUAUCUGUAAUCUGAUGCCACCUGUGGUGGGUUUCUUUUUAACUCCAGUAGCUUUUCCGUCAAACAUGGUGGGUACUCUGUAUUUGAAUUUUUUAAAACAAAAUUAACCUCAUUAUUAUUAAAAUUCUGUUUAGCUGGAUUAAUUUAUUGUCUUGAUUUUGUUUCUUUUUGUGGUAAUGUAAUAGAUUGCCAGUCCCUCUCCUAUGGUUUAUCUGUGCAGGGUAUUGAGAUAGUCUCUAACUAUGGGUCUGGGGUGUGCUGUAGUUCCCCUGCUAUGCAAUUCUUGAUUAUGGAAACAAAACUUUGUAAUCACAAUUCUUUAAAUGGUACAGCAGCCUCUUCUGUGGGAUUGAAAUACAUAGAAGCAAAAAAUGGACUCGAAAUAUGAAGAUUGCAAUAACUAGAGCAUUAAAUUCCCUUGUGUAUUGCUGUAUCAUGCAGGCCAGCUGGACUUGGUUCUCUGUUAAUUAUCAAGAAAAUUGAAAUAAAAAUAAUCACUUUA